UCUGAACUAGUGCUGCUCACACGUGUUUUUGUUGUGGAUUUCUAAAUUGCAAAUAAAAUACCAACAUUUUAAUUAUGUAUCUGAUGUACACGCUAAACGAAAACGGCGAGCGGGUUUACACGUUGAAGAAACGCACCGAGGAUGGCCGCCCCACUUUAUCGGCACAUCCAGCUCGGUUCUCGCCUGAGGACAAAUACUCACGACAACGCAUUACUAUCAAGAAACGUUUCGGACUGUUGCUGACGCAAAAGCCCGAGCCCGUGUUUUAAAUAAACGCAUUUCUAAGUUUAAUGGCUGAUACUAAUGUAUUUACUUACGAAUUAUAAAUAACAAAUUUUUUAUAAACAAAUACGCUAAA